ACAAACGCUAAUCCGUCUCAUCCGGAUUGGUUCCUCUCGUCACCUAGACCUAGGGUUUCUUCCUUUUCUCCUGUCUUCCCCUGAAUCUCUGCAUCUGCAAGCUCCGGCCGAUACGAGGGAGCUUUUUUUUUUUUGCUCAAACUUGUAUUCAGCUGUUAAGGUGUAUGUUCAAGUCAUCUUGAGCCUUUCUCUCUCUCUCUCUCUCUCUCUCUGCGGAAUCCGAAUUUUGUAAAGAAACAAACUUUGAUGGAGAUGGCCGAGAUAAAUGGGUCCAUGCAGCUAGUAGGAAAGCACAAGUCACUACCUCAGACCACUCUCGGUGGUGGUUCUGCAUCCGAGGCACCAAACAAGCAGGUUAGACCAUGGUUACAGCAGUUGUCUCCAGCAAGCAAUGGGAUUCUGCAUAUUCCUACUAAAAUACUUUCUCAAGAGACACUACAUUCUCUGAUGCAUGGCAAGAAAGCGACGCAAACAGAAUCCGCUCCCCAGAAACCGGCAAAGCCGGUUGUAAACAAGAAGCAGCAUGUCCCUCCUCCACAAAGGUCAGUGAAAGCGAUGGAGGAAGUAAAUGAGUCGGUGAGGUCUAAAAUGAGGGAGUCAUUAGCAUCCGCGUUGGCCUUGGUUAAGAAAGAUGACGAUUCUCCCAAAGGGAAAGAGAAUAUAGGGACUGUAGAAACUCCUGUGAUUACUCAGGAGAAUACUCAAAGUUUUCAGCCUGCCUCACCUGCUAGCAUCAGUGUCCCUGUAGGCGAAGGGACCAUGUCAGAAAUGCCCACCAGUGUUGAAAGUUCUGUGCAGAAGGACAGUGAGAUUCCUGUCGACAUCAUGAUGGAAGAUGUUAUCAAAUUUAAUGUACUUAAGUCCCAAUAUGACGAGGUUUUCCCUCGGGAUAAUGUUCCUUUUACUGAUAUUAUUUUUCCAAACGAUGAUCUUUUACAUGGUAAUGAACUCUCAUGGGAUCUGGAAGUUUCAGAUCUUGGCGAAACGAAGGAUUAUGGAACCGGUGGUGAAAAGUCAUUUCAGGAUCCAAAACUUUUGGCAUCUAAAAUUGAAAUGGAACUGUAUAAGCUAUUUGGUGGUGUGAACAAAAAGUACAGAGAGAGGGGAAGGUCCCUCUUAUUCAACUUGAAGGAUAAGAACAAUCCUGAGCUAAGAGAAAGAGUUAUGUCGGAAGAAAUUUCUGCUGAGAGGUUGUGUUCUAUGACAGCCGAAGAAUUGGCUUCUAAGGAGCUUUCUCAGUGGCGUCAAGCCAAAGCUGAAGAGAUGGCAAAGAUGGUUGUCCUGCAGGAUACAGAUAUUGAUGUCAGAAGUCUGGUGAGGAAAACACACAAGGGUGAAUUCCAGGUUGAAAUUGAACCAGUUGACAGGGGCACAGUAGAUGUCUCUGGUGGCAUCAUGUCACGUAGCAAACGUCGACCCAGAGCCAAAUCUCAUUCUGUCAAAACCGCUCUCAAAGAUGAGGCAGCAAAAGCUGACAAUGAGAAAUCACGCUCAACUCCUCCCUCAACUGAAGAGAUAGAUCCCAUGCAAGGUUUGGGGAUCGAUGAUGAAUUGAAGGACGUGGAGUUUCUUCCUCCAAUUGUAUCACUUGAUGAAUUCAUGGAAUCCCUAGACUCUGAGCCUCCAUUUGAAAGUCCGCAUGGUAAUUCUGAAAUGCAGGUGUCUCCGUCUGAGAAAAGUGAUUCCGAAGCUGGGUCAGACUCAAAAUCUCCUAAAGGAUCUCCUAAGGAACUAAGUGAUAAAAGUUUGCCUGAAGCAAAACCAGAAAAGAUUGAUGAAGUAACCCCUGAGUUUGAUGCCAAUGUCAAAGUUGAUGACGAUAUCUCUAGAGUUGAGAAAGCAGCUGCACUUAGUGAUGAUAAGGGAGAAAGAGCAUGGGAUGGAAUACUGCAACUGAGUAUGUCUUCCGUAGUCCCUGUCGCUGGCAUUUUCAAAAGUGGUGAGAAAGCAGAAACUAGCGAGUGGCCGGCGAUGGUGGAAGUUAAGGGUAGAGUUAGGCUGAGUGGGUUUGGGAAAUUUAUUCAAGAGCUUCCCAAGUCUCGAACCCGUGCCCUAAUGGUAUACAAAGCUUUCUUUUGUUAUCAUUGUACUAGCAUUACAUUGAGUAAUCUAUUGCUUCAUACAACAGUAGAAAUAACCCUUUUACUUCUCUUAUAUAUAAUCUUUAAUCGUCUCACUUUGUCUCAUCUCAAAACUCUUCUGUCUUCUCUUCAUGGAAACCAGAAAGCAAAGAGAUUACAAUUAAACACUUCACAUGUAUGCGUCACAAGAAUGGGGAUACGUUUUAUGCAGAGCAUCAACUAUAUAGAUUUGGGUCAAAUUUUGUAUUAAAUCCAACCAAAGAAAAGGGAUGUCAAUUCAGUUUUAUUAUGUCUCUGUAUAUGAGUUUAUGUGUCUGUGGGGGACAUAUAGAAUAAUCAGGAAAUUUUACAAAGAAUUGAUCUACUCCACAGGCAAAAAUAGUCAAUUAAAUUUUCAUAAAAGGGUUUUUUUUGGGAAAUUAUUGGGUAAAUUUAAAGAGAAUCUUUCGACAACACAUACAUGGAACAAGAAAGAAACCUAUAGUUAUAUUUUUUUUUUUGUGUAAAUUAUUAUUAUUGUAAAGUAUUUGUUUUCAAAUUUGGUUUACUUAUCUUUUUCUUUCGCAUUGCAGGUAAUGUACUUGGCUUAUAAAGACGGCAUUUCUGAGAGCCAGCGUGGAAGCCUUAUUGAGGUUAUUGAUUCCUACGUUGCUGAUCAGAGAGUUGGCUACGCAGAGCCAGCUUCAGGAGUGGAGCUUUACCUUUGCCCAACACGUGGGGAGACUCUAGAUUUGCUAAACAAAGUCAUCUCUCAAGAACAGCUCGAUGAGGUCAAGUCUUUGGAUAUUGGAUUGGUUGGAGUUGUUGUGUGGAGACGAGCCGUCGUUCCCAAGCCCGGUUCCGGUUCAAAACGUCAGCAUUCUUUUUCUUCUUCUAUUGGUUCUAAAACCUCUGUUUUGCCUGUAAACAAGAAGCAGAGAGUGCAUGUUACAGAGAAACCUCUUGUUGUUGCAUCAAUGAGAAAUCACCAUCAUGGUUAUGUGAAACAUGAUACUGCUGCUGAUGAUGAUGUGCCGCCUGGAUUUGGUCCUGUGGCUUCAAGAGACGAAGAUGAUUUACCGGAAUUUAACUUUAAUUCCUCGGUUGUGCCAGUUUCUUCUCCUCAGCCAUUACCAGCUCAAUCUAAGUCUUUGGAUCAAGUAAGAAAGCUCAUACACAAGUAUGGAAAAUCUGCAAGCACUUAUGAUGAUGAUGACGAUGAGGACGACAUACCUGAAUGGCAGCCACACGUCCCUAGCCACCAGCUUCCACCACCGCCGCCUCCACCUCUCGGCUUCAGACCCGAGGUAUUUAGACCGCCUCAAGAUGGUUGGUAUGAUAAUCAAAACGGAGGAUCAGGGCAACACUAUGAGCGGAACCAGUCAAGAAACAGAGGAUUUUAAUAUCUCUGUUGAGUGUUCUCUGUAAUUGUAGUUUUUUGGUUUCCUAGUCUCUCUUUAGUUUUUCGUUUUCAAAAAAUUUGUAGCCAUCGUAGAAUGCAAAUGUUCGAAGAGUCCCAACUUUUCAAAUAAAACAUUUCAGAGUUUCCUCAAGAAAACGAAAAUCAGUAUUGC